CAUCAUCGCCAUCGGAGGAAGAAUCGUCAUCAUCAGAGGCAACGUCACCGGAAGCUUUAGAAGAUGCAAUGGUUGAGGCUCAUAAUAAUAAUACAAAUAAUAAUAACGAUAACAAUAAAAACAACAAUAAUAAUAGAAAAUUAAAAAAAAGAAAGUUGUUAGCAUCAUCGCCAUCGGAGGAAGAAUCGUCAUCAUCAGAGGAAACGUCACCGAAAGAUUUAGAAGAUGCAAUGUUGGUAGCAUCAUCACCAUCGGAGAAAGAAUCAUCAUCAUCAGAGGAAACGUCACCGGAAGAUUUAGAAGAUGCAAUG